CCUGAUCGCCAUCUUGACUUUUAGAACGUAAUAUUUCAAACCUUGAGGAGAGGGUGCAAUCAAUCUGCAUCGGCACUUCGUCAUCGUCUCUAGUAUUCGAAACACUGCAUUUCAGGUCUCAAAGAAACUCUAUUGCUGUUUAGCUAGGUAUUUUCUCGAGAAAAUGGCGGAUUUAGAUGAAAGUGCGCAAGAUAGCUUGCUUGACGCAGCUCUUCAUACAUCAAAAGACGACGAUGCCGUUUUAGGAGAUAUUUCUGGAGUGGAUCCUACAGUAGACGACUCAUUGGAAGAUCCGGAACUUGAAGCCAUUAAAGCAAGAGUUAAAGAAAUGGAAGAAGAAGCAGAAAAGUUAAAAGAGAUGCAGAAACAAGUUGAAGAAUCCAUAAUGAGUCCCACAGUUGGACAAUCAACAUUCCCAAAAACAAUUGAAGAAAAAGGUGAAAUUGAUGCAAGAUCAGUUUAUGUGGGGAAUGUUGAUUAUUCUGCAACAGCUGAGGAAUUAGAGCAGCAUUUUCAUGGAUGUGGCUCUGUUAACAGAGUCACGAUUCUUUGUGACAAAUUUACUGGACACCCUAAAGGGUUUGCAUAUAUUGAAUUUGCUGACAAGGAAAGUGUUGAAAAUGCAGUAACCAUGGAUGACUCCUUGUUCAAAGGAAGACAGAUCAAGGUAAAUCCUAAAAGAACAAAUCGCCCUGGUAUCAGCACAACAGACAGAGGAUCAUCAAGGGGAAGGGGAAGAGGGCGUGGCUUCAGAGGAGGACUGUACAACCCUUAUGCAAAUUUCAUGCCCAGACCAAGGGGUAGAGCUAUGUUUAGGGGCCGUGGAAGGGCAUACUGGUAUUCUCCGUAUUAACAACUGUCCAAAGACAACACUCAUUCCCACAUUAUAUUUUAAGUGUCUGUUUUUAUAUGCUUUGAAUUGCUCUGUUUUUGCAUAUUUUGACAAAGUUCAGGUAUUUUUGUCUUCACAGGUUUCUUGGCAAUUCUCAAGGGACCACUCUAUUUGGUUAAAAUGAGAGCCUUGCUCAGCCUUCUUACCUAAUGGAUAUAUUCCAGAGUAGGUAUAGUGACUUGGAAAGCUCUUUCAAUUAAGACAGACUGUGGUGUAAAAAAAAAAGUUGAAAUAUAGGAAAGGAAAAAAGUUUUUGAGAACAUUAAAGAAAAAACAAAACUUUACUUGAGGUAGAAAAAAAAAAGACAAUGAGCUGUUUAAGACUGAGAAAAGAAGAAUCAAGGAAACAGUGAACAGCUGAGUAACUAGAGAGAGAGAGAGUGAAAAAAAUACAGAUAGACACUUUUUUAUGUUGUUAUGAUUAGUAUGUAUUGGACCAGCAUUCAGCCUUACGACAAAAAAAUAAAAAAAAAAUUUGUAAAAAUGUA